AUGGUGGUCGAACCAUCAAACGUGACGUUCAAGUUACUUAUGGACCAUGCCGACGAGGUUGUGCCUUACAAUGGUGGAGAUCAAGGUUACCUCAAUGAGAUAUUCAUAUUUUGGCAUCAUGUUCCGAAGCACAUGAACUUCUUGAAACAAUUUCAGGAAGGUGACAAGCCUAAGAUCAAUAGGUUCAAGACAAAGCUGUUUGCUUCUGAUCCCUCUGCAUCUGUACGUAGUUUAUUACUCGGGUUAUAA